AUGAGCUCUUCGGCCUCUGUAGCCGACUCAUUAUCCCUUUCCUCCGAUACAAAUUUCGAUCAACCGCUUCCUCGACUUCGACAACGAUCCGCUCAACCACCACGCCUCCGGUCUCCAAGACUCUUUCGCGACUUCUUCCAUGCUAUGUCUGACGGUGCUUCGCGAAGACAGGCAACACUCCCUCACGCAAAUUACCAGGAUACCGUCCAAGACGUCAACCGAGCCCUUCAAAGUGCCAAUCGAGCUCUCCAAAACGCUCAAGAAGCAUUUCACCAGGCCCGAAGGACUAGAUCUGAUCCAGAACCUGCCAACCAACUAGUUGAUUUGACAAACAGUCCACCCGACAGUUCGGCCGAAAUACAUUUCAUCUCGAGAACCACGCACCCGCAUGAUUCUACUCACAACCUACGAUCAAGAAGACUAAAUACCCUCGACGAACCUGUCUACCCAUCGCGUCCAAAUAUCCCAGCCAUCGACGCUGCCGAUCCUAUAUCGUUCGUGGGAUUCUGGCCUGUUCAUCGGCGCCCUGGAGGACCCCGGCUGCCCCCAAUCUUGCCGGUUCAGAAUCCACUAGAAUCAAUGGCAGAAGAAGAGGCAAUACUGCGUCAGCGAGAAAAUCAUUCCAACUGGGAGCGUACUCAGGCUAGGAACCGUCAACGGAUACCAGAUCCUCCCUCAACCAUGUCUCCUCCUUCAGCCUCAUCGUCGACAACGGCCCAAAGUCGACGAUCUGCCUCCCCUCCGAAGGAAGAUCCUGCUAUUGAGUCCGUCGAUCUCACGGCCGUCGAUGACAGUGCAAGUCUGUCUGCAACUUUGGCAAAGCAGCGGGAGGAGGCAAUUCUAGCUCAAAGGCCGGGCACGGAUGCUGGGAGAACUUCGCUGACGGCAUAUAAAUGUCCUGUCUGUAUGGAUACUCCGACUGACGCUACCUCCACCACUUGUGGUCACGUCUUCUGCCACCGCUGUAUUGUCGAUACUUUGAACUGGUCCAUCGAACAACGGCGUGAAGAUGCCCCGCGUAAUCAUAAAGUCAAAGGCGUGUGCCCCGUCUGUCGAAAGCAACUAGACCUCAAGGACGGCCCCGGGAAUGGCAGGAGUCUAGUCCCGCUUGAACUCAAGCUGAUGGUGAAGAAGAGAAAAAGAGAGGAUAAAGGCAAACAGAAAAUGCUUAAAGUUGAGACAGCUAGUGAUGACGACGAUGAAAACGAUCGAUUCGGAAGGGGGAAGGAGAAUAUCCGGGCAGGCAAGGCUAGAAAACGAGAGUCGACGGAGGAGGCUCUUUGGGGAGAAUUUAUGGCGGAUUGA